CGGCCGGACCGGCGCGCGCUCGAGCUGGAGGACGGCGGCAAGGACCCGAAGCAGCAGGAGAUGUCGAUUCUGGAGCGGCUGCAGUACCAGCAGCGCACGGCGGCGGCGCCGGCCCGCGCCGCCUCCAUCUUCGAUCCGGACACCCCGCCGGCGCGCGCCGGCGCCCAGCAGCUGCCGCGCUUCGUCUCGCUGGAGGAUGACCUGCAGGCGUCCAGCUCGGACUCGGACGAGGCGCAGACGCCGGCCCAGAAGCAGCAGAAGUCGGACCUCGACAUGCUGGCGCUCAUCUGCGAGAGCGAGAGCAAGCAGGCGCCGCCGGCGGCCGGCGCCGCGCCCGGCGAACUGGCGUCAGCUGGCGGAGACGUGCUGGUGGUGCCAUCUGUCGGUGAGGACGUCAAUCAGCAGUUGACGGUGGGCGCCGCUGGGGACAGCGAUGUGGCUGUUACGGAGGAGGUGGUCGGCAUGAUGGAGGAGGAGGAGGGCCUGCAGGAGACGGGCCUCACCGGGACUGUAGACGAGGAGGGGCGCGUGCGCAUCGUGCUGGCCGACGGCACCACGGUCAUGGCCGACCUGAGCGACAUCAGCGGCCUGGACACGGCCGAGCUCACGGACGAGUAACCGGCGGCGGGGACGGCGCGAGCCGUCGGGCGCGCCUCGCAUCGCCGCCUCCCGCACACCGUCAUCUCAUCAUCACCAGUGGCCGCGUCCAUUGGUCCCAGCCAGUCGUUGCUGGUCGCCGAUUGGUCUCAGCCAGUCGCUGCUCGUCGCCGAUUAGGCUCCGGCGGCCCCGGCUCGCCGCCGAUUGGUCGCAGACGGCCGCCGCUCGCCACGGAUUGGCCGCGAGCGGCUCCGAGUCGUGCCGAUUGGCUGAGAGCCGGUGCUGCGCGCUGCAGGUUGGCCGAGCGAACCUGGGCUCCGCCCACCCGCCUCCUGAUUGGACGAGUGUACAACUAGCUUUAGGCUGGCGGGGCGUGUGCGCACUGACCCGAUUCACUUUGUGACUUAGGUCAGGGGGGGGGGGGAAGGGGUGACGGUACCUGCCGUGUACCGCGGCGGGAACGUCGGUCUUUGAAUUCUUGACACGGCAUGUGUGUCGCGUAUAUUUGUAUAUAGGCGUAUCGUGCCGCGCGCGUGAGUGCACGUGGUUGGUGGGCGCGUUCGCCGCCUUAGGUAAGUCUGGGCCGGCCGACAGUGUGUGGCCGUCGACAGACUCUGCACGGCUGUAUGCGGAGCUCGAACAGCCGGCUCCGAUCGAACGACUGACCGGGCUUGCAACCGCGCCGGCCUCCUGCUGGAGACGCGGCGACCCAAUACACUGUCGGCA